AUGGAUCGCUCAGGCCGAUUGAUUUCAUUCGGCACCAGCUCGUUUAGUACCAGCGCACAAGAUACAGCUACGACUACCCUACCCGAUGAUUUAUUGCAGGUUGAGCUGAACUUGGCAAGUGACGAUGUCGCACUAAAACUCCAGCAAGCAGCGCGGGCGGAUCCCGAUUUCAUAGACGUUUUUUGGGCCUCAGUCCAUUAUGACAUCCGCAACAGGACAAUAGACAAAGUCGGGCUCGAAGGCCCGGACGAGAAACGACAGGUCUUCUCGAUAGGAAGUGGGUUGACUUCAGAAGUCGUACAGCAUAUGGUUGACCAAGAUUCCGACCCACGGCCUCUACCGAGUUCGACAACGGCACUAAAAAUAUUCCGAUCUACGAAAAUGGAUAGUCCAACACCAACACAUGCCAAAGCAGCUCGGCAGAAGGUUUACCAUUCGAUACUGAAGGAAAUGAUGGCUUUCUGCCAUUCUUCCCUGCGUGGCCACCCGCACAUCCUGAACCUAUUGUUCAUCGGGUGGAGUGCAGACCAUACGUACCCGCUCCUCGGUAUGGAACUUGGGGAUCACGGCUCCCUAGACUACGUUAUUCGGGCCCCCGGACCAGGCCCAACCACACAACAAAAGCGACAUCUCACGAUUGAUAUUGCGCUCGGUCUCCAGGCCAUCCACGAGGCUGGUUUCAUUCAUGGAGAUCUCAAACCCGACAACAUCAUCAUAUUCAGUAGCGAGGAUCCUACACGCCAGCUGGUUGCAAAAUUGACCGACUUUGGGGGGAGCAAUCAAAUGCAUGGAGAACAUGCCGGUACACCAACACAUAUCACCCCUCUUUGGUCUGCUCCAGAAGUUCUCGGAAAGCACCUAAAAGUUGAUUGGCGUUUCGCAGAUGUGUACUCGUACGGCCUUGUUGUGGCCAACUUAUGGGCUGGUAGGGAGGGCAGUGGAGGAUAUGGCCAGAGUGCAGGGAAUAGGGAUGAUGAAUGGUGUGACACGUCAUCAAGCUCUAGUGUACUCUCAAGUCUCGCCAGUUGUGUAUCAUUGGCACCUGAAGAGGAUCAGGAGGGGCUGAGAUCUCUCAAGAAGUUACCAGAGGACCAUCCAAAUAGCCUCAUGGCAUUCCUGCGGGGGCGAAUUACGGCGAAAUCGCUGCCAGCAGAUAUUAACCCCAGUGAGAUAUUUGAGAUUCUUACACCAACACUGAAAACCGACUGGCGGAAGCGACCAAAUAUGAAUAAGUUAAUGGUAAUAGAAUCCGACUUUGCGAAUGCAAUAGGGCGCACAAUUGAGGUGUAA